GCCUCGCUCCGGCUCCGCCUUGACGGGCUACGCAGGCGGUAGGGCUGCGGUAGGGGCCGGGCGGCACCAUGGCGGCGGCAGCGCCUGCUGCGGCGGCUUCAACCGAGGCGCCGGCCGUCCCGGGCACCGCAGAACCCGAGACGGGAGACGAGGACAGUCGUGAGGUCCGAGUGCUGCAGAGCCUGCGCGGCAGGAUCUAUGAAGCAAAAAAUUUAUUGCCAUAUCUUGGACCCAACAAAAUGCGGGAUUGUUUCUGCACUAUAAAUUUGGACCAGGAAGAAGUUUAUCGCACCCAGGUUGUUGAAAAGUCUUUAAGUCCAUAUUUCAGUGAAGAAUUUUAUUUUGAGAUUCCAAGAACUUUCCAGUAUUUGUCAUUUUAUGUUUAUGAUAAAAAUGUUUUACAAAGAGAUCUUCGUAUAGGAAAAGUAGCCAUCAAAAAAGAAGACUUGUGCAGUCAUAGUGGUAAAGAAACUUGGUUUUCAUUGCAGCCUAUUGACUCAAAUUCAGAAGUUCAGGGAAAAGUUCACCUUGAAUUAAAACUGAAUGAAUUGAUAACAGAAAAUGGAACUGUGUGCCAGCAGCUUGUUGUACACAUCAAGGCAUGCCACGGGUUGCCUCUCAUCAAUGGACAAAGCUGUGAUCCUUACGCAACAGUUUCCCUCGUGGGCCCUUCCAGGAAUGACCAAAAGAAGACAAAAGUAAAGAAGAAAACAAGCAAUCCACAGUUCAAUGAAGUCUUCUACUUUGAGGUAACCAGAUCCAGCAGUUACACCAGGAAGUCCCAGUUCCAGGUGGAGGAGGAAGACAUUGAGAAGCUGGAGAUCAGGAUUGACUUGUGGAAUAAUGAAAACCUAGUUCAAGAUGUUUUCCUGGGAGAGAUUAAGGUUCCUGUCAAUGUGUUAAGAAAUGAUUCCUCUCAUCAAGCCUGGUACUUGCUACAACCAAGAGACAAUGGAAACAAGUCGUCUAAACCCGAUGACCUGGGAUCCCUCCUGCUAACUCUGUGUUACACAGAGGACUACGUGCUCCCAUCAGAGUACUACGGACCCUUGAAAGCUUUGCUGCUAAAAUCACCAGAUGUUCAGCCAGUAUCUGCCUCAGCUGCUUAUAUUUUGGGUGAAAUAUGUCAAGAUCAGAAGGAUGCCGUUUUGCCCCUCGUACGACUGUUGCUGCAUCACAAUAAGCUUGUUCCCUUUAUCACUGUGGUGGCUGAACUGGACUUGAAGGAUACUCAAGAUGCCAACGCAAUAUUUAGAGGAAACUCCCUGGCUACCCAGUGUCUGACUGAGAUGAUGAAGAUAGUGGGAGGGCACUACCUGAAAGUCACACUGAAGCCUGUUCUGGAUGAGAUAUGUGAGUCCUCGAAAUCCUGUGAAAUAGAUCCUGUUAAGUUGAAAGAGGGAGAUAAUGUGGAGAGUAAUAAGGAGAAUCUGUACUACUAUGUGGACAAAGUAUUCAGUGCGAUCGUAGGAUCGAGUGUGAGCUGUCCCACUGUGAUGUGUGAUAUUUUUUAUUCUCUGAGACAGAUGGCUGCUAAGAGAUUUCCUAAUAACCCUCAUGUUCAGUACUCUGCCGUGAGCAGCUUUGUGUUUCUUCGUUUCUUUGCUGUAGCGAUUCUCUCACCUCAUGCUUUUCAUUUGCGACCUCAUUAUCCAGAUACACAGACAGUUAGGACUUUAACUCUCAUCUCAAAAACCAUUCAGAUUAUUGGAAACUGGGGAUGUCAAUCCAGAAGAAAGUCACGGUUCAAAAAGUCAGUCAUGUGUGAAUUUCUCAAAAUGUUUCAAGAAGAAAGGUAUUUUACAGACGUGAAAAAGUUCUUGGAUGAAAUUUCGUCUACGGAAACUAAGGAGUCCAGUGGUACGAGUGAGCCUGUGCACCUGAAAGAAGGUGAGAUGUAUAAAAGAGCUCAAGGAAGAACCCGUAUUGGAAAAAAGAACUUCAAGAAACGAUGGUUCUGCUUGACAAGCAAAGAGCUCACCUACCACAAACAGCAAGGCAAAGAUGCAAUUUACACUAUUCCAGUAAAAAACAUUCUUGCUGUGGAAAAACUGGAAGAAAGCUCUUUCAACAAGAAAAAUAUGUUCCAAGUGAUCCAUACGGAGAAAACGCUGUACAUCCAAGCAAAUAACUGUGUGGAAGCUAAUGAGUGGAUCGACAUGCUGUGCAGGGUGAGCAGGUGCAACCACAACAGGCUCAGCUCCUUCCACCCGUCAGCAUAUCUCAACGGAAGCUGGCUCUGCUGCCAGGAGACGAGUGAAGGCACACCAGGCUGCAAGCCAUGCACUGCAGGCAUCCCUGCAGACAUCCAGAUAGAUAUUGAUGAAGACAGAGAAACAGAAAGAAUUUACUCCGUUUUUACCCUCAGUUUACCUAAACUGCAGAAGAUGGAAGAGGCUUGUGGGUCUAUAGCUGUAUAUCAGGGGCCACAGAAAGAACCUGGUUAUUCUAAGUUCACCAUCGAGGAUUCUGUCGCAACCUUUAAGACAAUUCAGCAAAUAAAAAGCACCAUAGAGAAGCUAGAUGAACCUCAUGAGAAAUACAGGAAGAAAAGAUCGAGUAGUGCAAAAUACGGAAGCAAGGAAAAUCCAAUUGUGGGAAAAAUAUCAUAGUGUUUGAUCAACUGACGGAGAACUGGAAAAUACUCUUAUCAUCGAGUUUUUCAAUUCACCCCGUUUGUUCCAGUGUGUAAGAGCGGACAUUGGCUUUGAAGACACCUGCUCUUGCAAUGUAUUUAAUAUUUAAUGAUUGAAAUUAACUGGGGAUCCUGAUACUGAUGUGUUUAUUACUAAAGAAUUUGAAAACCAAGAUUUCCUUCAUAGCCAUGCAUCCAAAUCCAUGUCUCUGCAACUUCCUUUCGACAGAAAGGAUCUUUCUAAGGAACGUUCCCAAGAAGCUUUGUAAUAAGGGAGCACUUGAUAGCAAGAAGCCAUCUCUACUUGGAGCACUUCUGUGUCACUCACUACCAUCAGUGCCUGCCCUGUGCUGCCAGCAUUGAGCUUCCAGAGAAUUCCAGCUCCUUGUCAGUUCGGAACUUUUCAUUAAGUUCAUCUGGACCUUCAAUCUUUACAAAAAGAAAA